UCUCGUAAAACUGUCGACGGAUUUGCCGAUUGCAAAGGGCCUGGGAAAUGUAACAUCCUUUAUGGUGUGUCUCGCGGCGUGCUUUUGGCGUUGGUCGCUUUUGCAAAAAGGGAUUGUUCGUUAUACAUUUGAUAGCCAAGACUGCAUAAAUAUCAGGCGUCACGUUUGGCGCUGUGAGAAGAUCGUGUACAACUUCAAGAGUAUGAUCAAUAAUUUCGUAACCAUAUACGGCGUCAUGGUAAUGUACAAAGAUGAAAUCGAUAUGUUCACAUUGGAUAAAAUGCGGCCCAUUAAGAUCCUGAUCGUUGACUCAAAUAUAAAUCAGAAAACUGAUCAAUUAAUAAUUGAUCAAUUAAAAAUGGAGAAGUUAGGUCAAUAUGUAGAUUCAAUCAUUACUCGUGCUGCAUUGGACAAGUCUUUUGAAGCGAUCGAGCAGGUUUUUCAAAAGUUCAGAAAGGAAGAUCAAAAAAGGAAUGACAAUUUCUUGGCUGGCCUGUUAUCGCUGGAUAGUUACGUAAAAAUAUUGGAUUUCAUUAAUAUGAAUCAAAGUGUACUAAAAGCAAGAGGCUUGUCAAAUCGAAAUAUAAAUUUCAUUUGGGCAAUUGCGCGAAAGUAUUCGGUCGGAUGCAAGAUGAUAAGUAAUGGUGGAUACAUGUUAAUUUUUACAUUACCGCAUGUCAUGGAUUAUGAUAUUCCUCUGUUAAAAGAUGAACUCGUAUUCUACAAUUAUCGUGUUAUCGAAACAACUAUGUCUUGUGAUGGAGUUAGAAUUGAAUAGUACGGUUAAUAGGUUUAUUCUCUUAAUAGAAGAAUUAUGAAAUGCCUAUGACAUUAUGUAAAUUAUAUUAAUUAUAUUAAUGUAAAU